UGAGUUUCUUUGUUUUUUGUUGUUGUUGUUGUCAAUAUUAAGCUAUCAAAUGUUAAUUCUUAGUCUCUUUAAUAAAACGAGUACAACUUUAAUGAUCAAUUACUGAUUAAACCCAUUUCAUUCCUAUAAACCAUCAUAGUAAAAAAGAAGAGAAAACAAUAAUGAAACAAAAUGAUUCACAAGAUUUAAAUACUACUUAUAUAGAAACUGAUAAUCAUGUAUAUAAAACAUUAUCAACAAUAAAAACAAGAAACAAAAAAUAUCGAUUUGAUCCAUUUUGGAAAAAAUCAAUCAAUGAUUCACAAUCAUCUCUUCCAUAUUAUUAUUCUCAUACAAGAUCAAGUUAUUCAUCAAAUGAACCAAUUCAAAUGAAAUCAGAAAGUAAUCCAAGAGUUUCAAUAAAUCAUGAAUUAUUGAUGAAAUCAAAUAAAAUGAGAUCAACAUCUGUUAUAUUAUCACCUAUAACAAAACAUAAUGAAAUAAAAACAAUAAAUGAACCAUUAGUAGUUGUAAAAUAUGAAAAACAAUCACCUAUACAUAAUUUAGAAAACAUUCAUCCUAUUGUAGAUAAUCAACUUGAUAAACAUCAUGAUUAUCAUCAUCAUCAUCAUCAUCAUCAUCAUUGCCAUGAUCGUGAUCAUUAUCAUUAUCAUCAUCAUCAUGAUGAUCCUCAACAAUCAAUCCAUUCAUGGAGUAAUAAAAUGAAACAUAAUUGGAGAUCAGAACCAUCUAGUUUAUUUUUGAAUUUGAAACAUAGAGAUACUUUUGAAAAUGUUCAUCAUUCAAUGAAUUAUCAAUUAAAUGAACAGAUUUAUAAUCAUUCAUUCAAUCAUUCAAAUAUUCCUUAUUUACCAAUAUUAUAUAAUAGUUUAGAUAAAAUUCAUCAUAGAACAUUUAAUUCCAUCAAUAAAUUAUAUCAUACUACUACUGAUGAAAACUUAGAUCAUCAUAAAGAUCAAAAUUCUAAUUUACAUUUAUCAAAUAUUCAUUAUCAAUCUCUUCAUUAUAAUAAUAAUAAUAAUAAUAAUAAUAAUAAUAAUAUACCCAAAUCAUAUUAUAAUCAAUCAUUAUCAACACAUAAUAAUAACAAUAAUAAUAUUGAUUUAUCGAAUUGUAAACAAUCAAUAACUGAACCAUUAAUUAAAUCAAUAAUCAAUGAUCCAUUAUCAUCUAUACCAUUGAAUUCACAAUUAUCUACAAUGAAAUUAUUCAAUAAUAAUAAUAAUAAUAAUAAUAAUAAUAAUCAAUCAAAACGUGCAUUAAUUAAUGUUGGCGGUAUUAAACAUGAAAUAUUAUGGCAUAUUGUUGAUCGUUAUCCAAAUACAAGAUUAGGUAAAUUACAUCAUGUAACUAAUUUACAAGAAUUAUUAAAUUUAUGCGAUGAUUAUGAUCCUAUUAAUAAAGAAUAUUAUUUUGAUCGUAAUCCAAUCAUAUUUUCAAUGAUAUUGAAUUUUUAUCGAUCUAAAAAAUUACAUUAUAAUGAUAUGAUUUGUGUAAUGGAUUUUAAAGAUGAAUUAAUUUAUUGGGGUGUUAAUGAAAGUUUUAUUAAAGCAUGUUGUUCACAUCGUUAUCAUCAACAAAAAGAUUUAAUUGAAGAUGAAGUUAAAAAAGAAGAAAAUUGUCUAAGACAAACAACAACUAUUGAUGAAUUUGGUUCUGGUUGUUAUGCAAAUUUAAAAAGACAAGGAUGGAAUUUAUUAGAAAAACCGCAUACAUCUAAAGCUGCUAGGGUGUUUGCAAUUGUUUCAAUAAUUUUUAUCCUUCUAUCUACAAUCAGUUUAACGUUGAAUACAAUGCCUGAAAUACAACUUAACACUACACUGAUCAAAUAUAUUGAGACGGAGAUACAUACUGAUACAGAUGAUAAUAAUGCUACUACUACUACUAUACAUCAAUCAUCAAAUGAAAUAACUGAUAAUCCAUAUUUAGAUAUUGUUGAAACAAUAUGUAUCUCUUGGUUUACAUUGGAAUAUGUAUUACGUUUAUGGUGUUCACCAAAUAAAUUGAAAUUUCUUAAACGUAUUCUCAAUAUUAUUGAUUUAAUUGCAAUUUUACCAUUCUAUAUCCAUGUAUUAUUGGUAGAAGUUGUAACAAGACAUCAUAAUGAAUCAUUACAUUCAUUAAGAAAAAUUGUACAAAUAUUUCGUAUUCUUCGUAUAUUACGUAUAUUUAAACUUGCUAGACAUUCAACUGGUUUACAAGCACUUGGUUAUACAUUUAAACGUUCUUAUAAAGAACUUGGUUUACUUAUGUUAUUAAUUGCUUUAGGUGUUGUAUUAUUUUCUAGUUUAGUAUAUUUUGCUGAAAAAGAUGAAAAUUCUGAAAUGUUUCGUAGUAUACCAUCGGCAUUUUGGUGGGCAACUAUUACAAUGACAACAGUUGGUUAUGGUGAUAUGUUACCAAGAACAAUAUUAGGCAAAUUAAUUGGUGCAUGUUGUUGUAUAUGUGGUGUAUUAGUAGUAGCAUUACCAAUUCCAAUUAUUGUGAAUAAUUUUGCUGAUUUUUAUAAAGAACAUAUGAGACGUGAAAAAGUAUUAAAACGUAGAGAUGAAUUUGAAAAAUUUCGUCGUAAUGAAGAAUUAAUGAAUAAUGAAAUGAAUAAAUGUGCCUUUAUUGAACAAAUAAAUCAAGAGGAUGAGAAACAAAAUCAUUAUCUAAUCAAUAAAAUUGUAUAAAUCAUAAUCAUGAUCAUCAUUUAUAUAUACAGUGAAGAACAAUUUUACCAUUCAUAAUGGAUCUAAAUUGUAUCCAAUGAAGAGCUCAAAAUGAUUUAUCAAUUAAAGUUCAAAUGAAUUCUUAGAUUUAUCAUAAUAUUUAUACAUUUAUAACUAGAUUGGUAAAAAGAAAAAAAAAGAAAACAAUCCUGUAAACAGUUCUCUUCCAGUUAUUAUUUUUUUGUUGUUGUUGUUGUUGUUGUUGCUGUCUGACAACAAAAACACACAUACACACUCACACAUAGUUACAAAUAAUUACUCAUACAUAUUAUGUAUGUCUAAAAGUGGAUAAAAAUAUCAUACAUAUAGAGAACAAUAAUACACUAUUUAUUAUUAUUUUACAAGUUAAUUAGAGUUAAUUAUUGUUUUCUUUUGCAUGAUAUUUUCUAUUUUAGCUUAAUAAUAACUUACUACUUUAUUAUGAUCUAAUGUAUAUGAAUCAAAUUAGAGAAAGAAAAGAAAAACACUUCUUAUUGAAUAUACAAAAAUAAAUAGGAAUUCAUACUUUCAACAACAAGAAAA